AUGCGUUCGGAAUUACAGUUCUACUUGCUGGAAAGAUAUGAGCACGUGUGCGUGUAUGUUGUCUUCCACUACCAAUUGAUAGAUCAAUUCUUAGCAAUGUUUAUUAGUGACUUCUAUCUGUCAUGUAUUUUGACAAUUUUCUUACAUCAAACGUUGACACAUGCUCGUCGAGUUCUCGAAAGUGAAAUAACGACUAAAUCAUUAAUAGUUACUACUGCCAAUAUGACAAAAGAUGAAAGCACGACAACAAAACCCACAUCGAUCAAACUUCAAAUUGAACAAGGUAAAGAUAUGAUACAUGACACGUUUGCAAAAAUGGAUCGAGGAACAGUUAUACGUGGUGCUAUUGUAAUUGGUGGUAUUACAGCUCUGAUUUUAUUGUAUGUUGGAUUGAAAACAUUCCUUUUACGUAAAAAACGUCAACCAAAACGAUAUACAUUGAUCACAGAUCCAACAGCAAUUGAAGCACCACUUUUCGAUGCUAUUGACGACGAAGACGAAAUCGAAGACGAUACUCUAUUUGUCCGCAAAUAG